CGUAGACAUGUGACGAUUUCAACCAACAGUUGGUACUGGAAUUGUAACCAUUUCACUUGAAAGGUGCCAAAUUUCGAGACCGGCCACAUCUCGAAAACAUCCCAUACAUUUGUAAAUUUGUAUUUGCCACCAUGCAUUUCGUUAUGUACCAGUUGUUGAUAACUCACUCACCGAAAACGUCAGGAGCCACCAUGUUGAAGUAAGUGCCAGUCAGUGUGUUUCCGGAGCAAAAAGAAAUCCACAGUUUACAGAAAAUCAAAACAAGAAAAGAGAAGCGAAGACUUUUAGUAUUUUUUUGGGAAAUAUAAUAUGGUUCAAAUUGAUAAAUUCGACACCAUGGAUAGAGUACAACCACCAAAACAAUUUUUUGGAAAGAGGCAUGUGCAGUACCUUCUGCUCUUUAGUGUAAAUGUUUUAGCGUAUGGAUUAAGAAAUAUUUUAAAUUUAGCCGUUAUUGCCAUGGUUAGCACAUCACCACCAGAGGGAGUCACCACUUAUCCGGACUGGGCAGGCAGCAAAAACGUAAUGUUAUCAUCCUUCUUUUGGGGUUACGUGCUUACCCAAAUUCCAGCCGGUCAACUUGCCGAACGCUUCGGUCCAAAAUUAUUUUUGUCCGGAGCAAUGAUGAUUUGCUCACUAUUUUCAAUACUCAUUCCUAUUUGCGGUGCUCAAUUCGGAUAUCUAGGAGUAAUGUUAUGUAGAAUAAUUCAGGGAUUGAUGCAAGGAUUUAUCUAUCCAUCCAUUCACCAUUUGAUCAGCGCCUGGGUGCCGCUCAGUAGCAGAGCCAAAAUCGCCGGAUUCGUAUAUGCAGGUGGUCCUCUUGGUACAGUCAUUGUGAUGCCCAUUGUGGGAUACAUUUCAGGCUCAAAACUAGGAUGGCAGACUGUCUUUUACUUAUUGGGAGGCGUUGGUUUUACAUGGACAGCUUGUUGGAUCUUCUUGGGAUUAGAUAGUCCACAUCAACACAAGAAUAUCUCCCAAGAUGAACUCAAGUUCAUCCAAGAUGGCAUUAUUACCAACAAGAAAAAAGAGCAAUUACCGACGCCUUGGAAAGAUAUCCUUAAAUCAGUUCCAUUUUGGGCGAUUUUGGUGUGCCACUUCGGCGAUCUCUGGGGCUUCUGGACGAUGCUUACAGAAAUACCAACAUACAUGGACAAAAUUCUAAAAUACGACAUCGCAUCGAACAGUACUUUGUCUGCCCUUCCGUAUCUAAUCUAUUGCCUGUUGAAUCUGGUGAUGAGUCCUAUUGCUGAUUACCUUAUUACCAAUAAGAUUACUUCUGUUGGUGCUAGUAGAAAAAUAUUUAACAGUAUAGGUGUAUUCAUACCGUCUGUUGCCUUACUUACUCUGUGUUUUAUUGGUUCAGAAGAAAAAGCCUUAACAGUAUUUAUGUUGGUUAUAGCAGUAGGUUGCAAUACCGGUAUUUUAAUUGGUUUCCACGUGAAUCACAUAGAUAUCGCACCCAACCAUGCGGGUACUCUCAUGGGAAUUACUAAUGCAAUUGGAAAUGUGGCCGCUAUUCUGGCGCCUUUGGCUGUGGAUCUGUUUAAACAAGUGGGUGGUUAUGAAGAAACUGAUAAAGAACUGUGGAACAUCGUUUUCAUCACCGCGGCAGUACUAUUCUCGACAACCGGUCUCUUCUACGUCUUCGGAGCUUCCGGAGAAAUCCAACCAUGGAACGACAAACGACCAAAACAAGAAGAUAAUGUUCCAGAGAAAGAACCGAUGUACCAAAAUGGUACCUGAGACUAUGCUGUCUUUUGUUCCGGAAUAUUCAUACAAAAUAGUUGAUAAGCCAAAGUCGAUAUUGCUCUGUUGUAAUUGUUGUCUUUGUUGAAAUGUCUUAUCAAUAUUUUUAGAUACGUUUUUUACAUAUCUAUGGACUUACGAAUUAAUUCGAUAAGGGUUUUUUUAGAACAACUAUAAUUUAUUUAUUAAACCUUUUUUAAGAUUC